GUUUUUUUUUCUGCGUAACCUGAUGGGAGAGGACAAAAAGAGACAAAAGUGUGAUCUGCUGCUUAAUGCAUUCAAAAGUCAAAGUCACUGUAUUAAAUAUGUAACAUAUACUCUUUGGGUGUCUGGUAUUGCUCUAGUCUAGUCUGAAGUACAAGUUCACUGCAAAGGAAUGAGAUUCUGAUCAGUGCUGAACUAAAAUUUAUUGCACGUGACAUUUGUUUUGCCUUUUUCAAGAUGGCUGCGCCCUUUCGCUUGUUAUCACCGGCAUUGCUUUUGAAGUUGUGGAAGUAUAAAAACUUUGGACACUGGCGGACGUCUUGGGAGUGUCGACGUUACUCAUGUGCUGGGUCUUUAUCUGCUCAGGCAAUCAGGGAGGCAUUCAUUCGUUUCUUUCAGGACCAAAACGGACAUCUAGCAGUAAAAUCCUCGCCUGUUCGGCCACGGGGUGACCCCAGUUUGCUGUUUGUGAAUGCAGGCAUGAACCAGUUUAAGCCCAUCUUCCUGGGUACCGUUGAUCCUCGCAGUGAGAUGGCACAAUACCGUUGUGUGGUUAAUAGUCAAAAGUGUGUCCGAGCUGGUGGCAAACAUAAUGAUCUUGAAGAUGUGGGCAGAGAUGUUUACCAUCACACCUUCUUUGAGAUGUUGGGCAACUGGUCCUUUGGAGAUUACUUUAAGGAAAAAGCAUGUUCCAUGGCAUGGGAGCUGUUAACACAGGUGUAUGGAAUCCCCAAAGAACGACUGUAUGUGACAUAUUUUGGGGGAGAUGCAGCACUGGGACUCAGCCCUGAUACAGAAAGCAGGGAGAUCUGGCUCACCAUUGGGCUCCCUCCAAGCCAUGUACUACCUUUUGGACUAAAGGAUAACUUUUGGGAAAUGGGUGAGACAGGGCCCUGUGGCCCUUGCACUGAGAUUCACUAUGAUCACAUUGGUGGGAGAAAUGCUGCAGACCUUGUAAACUGUGACAGUCCAGAUGUGGUGGAGAUAUGGAACCUUGUCUUCAUGCAGUAUAGCAGAGAGUCAGAUGGGACUUUGCGCGCACUUCCACAACACAAUGUAGACACAGGAAUGGGGCUGGAGAGACUUGUGACUGUGCUGCAAGGCAAGAGGUCCAACUAUGACACUGACCUUUUUAUGCCAUUAAUAGAGGCAAUUCAUAAGGGUUCAAAUGCACAGCCUUACAAGGGCCUUGUGGGAAAAGCAGAUUCUGAGUGCAUUGACAUGGCCUAUCGUGUUGUGGCAGAUCAUAUCCGUACACUCUCCAUAUGUAUUGCAGAUGGCGUUUACCCUGGAAUAUCUGGAGCAGAACUGGUGUUACGAAGAAUUCUCCGCAGGGCUGUACGCUACUGCACUGAAGUCCUACAGGCACCUUCAGGUUUCCUGGCAACAUUAGUCCCCUUGGUUGUUGACUCUUUGGGAGAUGCAUAUCCUGAACUGAAACGAGAUGUGAAUUUGAUAAUGGAUAUCAUUAAUAGAAAUGAGGCAGCCUUCUUGUCUUCUCUUCACAAAGGGCGCAGAGUGAUUGAAAGAACACUAGAACAGAGCACUAACACAGUCUUCCCAGUGGAUGUGGCUUGGUCCUUGCACAGAAAUCUAGGAUUUCCACUAGAUCUUAUUGGAUUGAUGUUGGAAGAACGUGGUAUUGCCUUUGAUACAGAAGCCUUGGACCGUUUAGCAGCAGAAGAUGCAAAGCGCAAGUUCCAGUCUGAACAAGAAAAAACAUCUAGCAAAUUGCAGCCAAAUGUACACAUUUUGGCAGAGCUGCAGAGGAGAGGUAUCCAGCCUACUGAUGAUUUUCCUAAGUAUGCAUACAGUUGUGGACAGGAUGGCAGAUAUGUUUUCAGCCCUUGCCAGGCCACUGUUUUGGCCCUGUAUACUGAUGAUUGCUUGGUAUCUGAAGUCAGUACUGGACAGCUCUGUGGAAUCAUUUUGGAUCGGACCAGUUUCUAUGCUGAGCAAGGUGGACAGGCAGCUGAUCAUGGCUACCUGAUGCGAACUGGACAACAAGAUUUGCUGUUCCCUGUCACAGAUGUGCAGUCAGCUGGAGGUUAUGUCAUUCAUGAGGUCACAGCUCCUGAGACUCUUCGUGUUGGAGACCACUUGCAACUCUUUGUUGAUGAGACCCAGCGUUUAGCUUGCAUGGUGAAGCACACUGCUACACAUCUGCUGAACUUUGCACUCCAUACUGUUUUAGGGGAAACCACUGAACAGAGGGGGUCUCAUGUCACUGCUGAGAGGCUACGGUUUGACUUUAGCAUUAAGGCCCCUGUCACCAAAGAACAACUAAAAGAAAUUGAAAAUGUCAUACAUGAGCUCAUUCAAAAGGAUGAGAAAAUACACAUGGCUGAAGUACCUCUGAAACUGACAAGCAGAAUCCCUGGUUUGAGGACUAUUGAUGAGGUAUAUCCAGAUCCAGUAAGGGUAGUGUCUGUUGGAGCCACUGCCCAGAGCUUGUUGCAGCAGGAUGUCAAACCUGAAAAGCAAGGUUCUGUAGAACUCUGCUGUGGGACUCAUUUACUGCAGACUGGAGCAAUUGAGGAUUUUGUUGUUGUCUCUGAGCGACAGCUGGUGCAGGGUGUAAGUCGUAUUGUUGCAGUAACUGGCCAACAAGCAAAACAGGCUCGGGAAGUAGGUGAGGCUUUGGCUCAAGAAGUGGAAUCCCUAUCACAUCGUUUGCAAUCACGGAUGUCAUCAUUAUGCAUUGCACAGAGACUAUCCAAGGAAAUUGGUCAGCUUACAGAAACAGUGGAUAAUGCUGUAAUACCUCAGUGUUUAAGAAGAGAACUUCAGGGCACACUGAAAGCAUUCCAGCGAACAGCAAAUACAGCCAUCAGGAAACUGGAAACUAAAGAGGCAAUGGAAAAAUCCAACAUUCUGCUGAAGAAACACCAUUGUCAGUAUCUGGUUGUUGAUGCUGUUGCAACUGAUUCUCUCUCGAUUCUUAUGAAAGUGGUAAAUCAGCUGUGCAAUCAGUUACCAAAUACAGCAGUGAUGCUUCUGAGCCAGCUUGACUCUGGGAAAGUUUUCUGUGCUUGUCAAGUCCCAAAGAGUAUAACUGGGCAGCUGUCUGCAGCAGAAUGGUCCUUGGCAGUUUGUUCGCAAAUUGAUGGAAAUGCAGGAGGAUCCAGCAUUGUGGCAAAGGGCAGUGGCAGCACAUCUGAUUUGGCCCAUGUGUUGAACUUGGCUUUAGAAUUUGCAGAGGCAAGGCUGCAUAGGUGAUGGACAUUACUGUUGUUGCCUGGUUGGAUGACCACUUAGUGUUGUGAGUUGUAUGAUACUUCAUAAGAAACACUGCUGAGCAACAGAUAAGCCAAUAGCAAAUGCUGCCCCUCCUCCAAAACAUAAUUUACUUACCCUAGUCUUCUGUGUGUCAAGAAGUUAUGCACGCUGGAUCUGGUGACUAGUAGCAAAUGGGCUGUUUACUAUAUGUUACGUCUUGCAUUUGAGGACUGUCUCUACAUGUAACUAGUGGUGUAUGACAUUUAUUGACUUAGACAAUUGAUGCUAAUGUCUGAAGUCAAAUUGCCAACACACAUCUGAGGAAGAUCCAUAACUGACAAUGGAAUCUGAAACUACUUUGUCUCUCAGAGCAAAAUGUAUUAUUAUUAUUAUGCCAUGUCCCUUCUCUUUAGAUAAAGAUGCUAUCCAUUCCAGUCUAUCACGACUAUUCACUAUCUCAAAUUAUUUUAAAGGAAAAGAAUAUUCCAUGAGUCACUGGAUCCUCACUACCAUUUGCAAGAGGGGCAGUGAUCACUGGGUUUAUAAAGAGAUUUCCUCCUUUGAAAUGGAAUGGGGUGAUAUUAGGAAAAGGCAUAGAUUCCAGAAGGGAAUAAUAAUGUUCAUCCUUGUAUGUUUUGUGUCCUAUCAAGUCACAGAGAAGCAUGUGGUUGGCAUUGCUUGAACCAUUGUACUUUGGAAGAUUUGCUCAAGUAUAGCGUUGAAGUGUAAUAGUUAUUUCAAAAUGUAUUUAUGUAAAAUCCACAAGGUGAUACUCUAAAUGUUCUUUUUGAUCCUCUAGAUUUGGCUUGUCUACAUGAGUAGCCAAAUGGCUGCCAACUUAAGGUAACUGAAGACUUUUGACAGACUGCCCAGUCUAAAGUUCAGAGACUGAAUAGUGAGGGCAGUACCUCCACACCUCUAAUACUUAAUUUACUAAAUCUGAGAUUGGUGUACCUGAGAGAAAAGGGAAUUCCCUAAGAUGCAGUAGUUCCAGACUUAGUAUAUUUCCCCAUACUUGUAUUUAUAUUGUUGCAAUCCCAAGAAUUGCACGUUAUGCUGUCGAAUUUGCAAUGGGAAACCCUUUUGACUUUACCAAGAUAAAUUUAAGAGCUGUGGGGAAAAAAAUAAAUCAUUGCAGUGCAUUGUUUAAUGUGGAAGAUGGAUACUCGGUGUUGAAAACAUAGUGUGGCUUGGGAGGAGAGAGAAUCAACUGGAACAGUAUAUUUUUCAUACUAAAUAGUUUCGUACAUUAAAUUUGAUUUUUUUUAUAGA